AUGGACAUCAUAGGCUCUCGAGAAAUAGGAGAUUUUGAUCUUGAUGAGGUAGAAGAUUCCAUCCGUAAAUGUGAGGCAUUUCUUGCCAACGAGGACUUUACUCUGGACUUCAGCCAUCUUCCGAUUGAAGCAUCACUUCCCGGCACUGAGCAACAGCCGGUCUUAUCUGCUCCUACAUAUUCUGUCACAACUGACGAUGGUGUAGGGUUGCUGAAUAAGCGCAUGGAUGCAAAUGCCUCGUUGUCCGUCUCAAAGAGUGAGAAGAGCUACAAGGAAGAUGAUGGGGUAAGGUUAGAUAGUCAACCAGUACUAGAGAUAUUUCAGAAGAGUAGAUCAGAAUCUAAGAGGAAUGCACCCAGCAAGCCUCUUAUGCUGCCCAAGUCGGCAUCUAGUGGAAGUAUUCCUGAUCGCCAGGCAGUCCCGAUAGAAGAAAAUCCACUUGUGAAGCGUACGAUCAAUCUUCUCCCUCGCAAGCGCGGGCAAGAUAGACCGUCUGUCUCUUCCUAUCAUGAGCCCACUGUCAAAGUCGGGUCGGAAUCUAAUUCGAUUACAGCAGAAGAAGCGCCAAAACCAGCCACUACAGAUCCUCGAAGGGGCUCUGAUGCAAAGGAGAUGAGAUCUAGUGUAGAUAAGGAGGGUAGUACGGCGCUUAUUAAAAACACCGCACUGGCCGCACCUAGGAAACCAGCAUCCCCCACACAAAACCGUCUAGCUGCAAACAGAUCACCUCAUAGCCAACAGCCUGGUGCAGCCGCUCAACGAAGUAAUACACCAAAGCAUAGGCCUCCCAAACUAUCGCGUCCAGGAACACCAGACAGAAUACCACGUUCUUCUUCAUCAGGGAUUCCUCGAGCAGCGUCGGCAAGGAGCAAAAUGGCAGCAUCUAUAGCCGAAUCUCGCCUGGAGGCAUACCUACGCGAAAAGGAGGAGCGUGAACUCAAGGAGUGUACAUUUCAUCCCAAAAUAUUGACAAAAAAGCACCCCAAGAAGGAUUCAGAGAGAGAAGCGCCUGAAGAUAGACUUAGAAACGAGGGAGAGAGAAAGCGGAUAGAGCACGAGAAAAUGCGUGUGUACAAAGAACGUGCUGAGUUCGAAGUUUGCACCUUCAAGCCAGAACUGUCGGCUCGCACCGAAAAGAUAAUGGCAAAGAAGAAUAUGAAGCCUAUAUAUGAAAGGUAUGCCGAAACCAUGGAGCAGCACAGACAGAAAGUCGAAGAGCUUGCAGCUUUGGCAGAGGCUGAACAGUACUAUCCCGAAAUUGAUGAGAAGGCUCGAAUGCGAAGAGAUAUACUGGCGCAGAAAGCACUGACGAGAAGUGGAAUAGAUCCAUUUGCUCCCCCAGAAGAGCGCUUGUACAGUCCAGGAGCUAAGCGUGCCAAUCUCAGAGUCGCAAAGGACAGUACACCACAGGAUGCCAACGAGGCCAUUGAAUGCUCUUUCAAGCCACAAAUUAAUAAGGAAAGUAUGGCUAUAGCUCGAAAAAAUAGUCAGCUUAGUGGGGAUUUCUUUCAGAGACAGACAUAUUAUAAAGACAAGAAGAUGCGUCAUAUCCAAGCAAUGGAGCGAGAUGAGGCAUCUGCACUUACGUUUCAACCCAAUAUACGACGUGCGUCCUCGGCUGGAACGGGCGGUAAGAGACGAGAGUCAGAUGGUAGCCCCACAUUCCCGUGUGCCCCCAGCAGAGUAAGCGAGGAUAUAGAUGGUGUGUCUGUGCAUGAAAGACUUUACAGACGAUCAAUCUCUAGAUCCAAAGGCACUGUGCAUCAGCCAGAGCCACAAGGUGUGCAUGAUGAGUGUCGUUUCAUCCCUGAGAUCAACCAGCACUCAAAGAACAUAGGAAGAAAGUCGACAAUUGAGGAAUUAUACAGAAAUACUUUAGCAAGUAACAAGAAGGAUGCUCUAUGUAAGGUUAUCGAUGAAGAACAGCAGAAGGAGUGCACAUUCAAGCCUACAAUCCACUCUGACAAGGCCAAAUCGCACUACAAUAUCCAUCGGCCAGAAUCCUUGUUGGUCCAAAUCGAGAUGGAGCGGCAGCAGAAGGCAGUCAAACUAAACAUGAUGAAGAAGAAAUUGGAAUAUGAUGAAGUGCAAACGUGCUCUUUCAGGCCUGAGAUAAAAAGCACAGUGCCUCGAACCGUUUACAAUGGCCCAACCGUCACGCAGGACGUGGAUGAGGCAUUUGGAAGCAGUAUAAAGGGCUUAGGACGGUUCAUGGAAAAGCAAGAGUUGGCAAGGAAAAAGGUGGAGGAACAAAAGCUUCGGGAAAGCAAGGUAUUUGGGCUCAAUCCGUCAGGAAAGACAGGAAAGCCGUACACGAUACCUCAGCCGUUUAACCUAUCAUAUGAAAUGAGCGCAAGGAAGUCUGCUUUUGAAAGAGAUAAGAUAGCCUCGGUCGCCCUCAAGGAUUACACAUUUCAACCCCAGACAUCUGAAAAGCGUGUAAAGGACCUUGUUGCUCACAUACUCAGUAAUGACGAGUGA